CAGGCAACGCGUCGAGAGGCCCGCGGAGCAGGCGUCAGUGAGGUGUCCGCGCCUGCGCACGCGCCUGCGCAGAAGAGCCCGGGGCCGGUGGGGGGUGAAGAAGGGGCCGGCCUUUGAGCGACAGCGACGCAAGAUGGCAGCCACCACGGGCUCGGGAGUAAAAGUCCCUCGCAAUUUCCGACUGUUGGAAGAACUCGAAGAAGGCCAGAAAGGAGUAGGAGAUGGCACAGUUAGCUGGGGUCUAGAAGAUGACGAAGACAUGACACUUACAAGAUGGACAGGGAUGAUAAUUGGGCCUCCAAGAACAAUUUAUGAAAACCGAAUAUACAGCCUUAAAAUAGAAUGUGGACCUAAAUACCCAGAAGCACCCCCCUUUGUAAGAUUUGUAACAAAAAUUAAUAUGAAUGGAGUUAAUAGUUCUAAUGGAGUGGUGGACCCAAGAGCCAUAUCAGUGCUAGCAAAAUGGCAGAAUUCGUAUAGCAUCAAAGUUGUCCUGCAAGAGCUUCGGCGCCUAAUGAUGUCUAAAGAAAAUAUGAAACUCCCUCAGCCGCCUGAAGGACAGUGUUACAGCAAUUAAUCAAAAAGAAAAACCACAGGCCCUCCCCUGCCCCCAUUCGAUUUAAACAGUCUUCAUUUUCCACAGUAGUAAAUUUUCUAGAUUCGUCUUGUAGACCUCAAAGUACUGGAAAGAAAGCUCCCAUUCAAAGGCAGUUUAUCUUAAGAUACUGUAAAUGAUACUAAUUUUUUUGUCCAUUUGAAAUAUACAAGUUGUGCUGUAACAAAUCACCCUGUCAAGCGUAACCACUGUCCACAUAGUUGAACUUCUGGGAUCAAGAAAGUUAUAUUUAAAUUGAUUCCCAUCCUAACCGGUGGGACACAUCUAACUCAACUGUGAAAAGACACAUCACACAAUCACCUUGCUGCUGAUUCCAUGGCCUGGGGUCUCUGCCUUCUCCCCCCUCCCCUCCCCCUCCUUGCAACAGCCCUCCAGCUCGGGGUGGCUUAGUAGAGUACACGUGAAGGUUUCAGGUCACAGCCUGGGGGACACUGCUCGCGUGUGGGCUGCUCUGUCCGCAUCCCUGGUCUCUCUCUCUAAGUCUUAAGUGAUGCCCCGCUUCCAAGCCAUCAAUCCUGCUCCCCCCACCCUCCACUGCCGCCCUUGGCCGAGGCAUAGAUUGUAACCCCUCUGCUUCCCUCUGAAAUUGGCCUUUGGUUAGGAAUUCAGGGCUUUACCCAUAUCUCCUCCCCCCACCUUAAUCGAGGGGUGCUGCUUUUUCCUUCCUCCUCCUCAAGUCCCUGUGCACCCCCACCACCCAACACUUUCCAUGACGCUUCCUUGCUUUGGCCAGAAGCCAUCAGGUAAGGUUGGAAAGAGUCUCUGACCUCCCCUCAUUUAGCCUUGGAACCACAAUUUACUCUCCACCAGCCUGGGAAAUGAAUAUUGGGUUCUCAGCCUUGCCACCCUCUGCUGUCAUCAUCAGCUGAUGCGUUUCUUUAGCUCAGGUUUUGAUAAGGUGAAAAGAACAGUCACCAGGGUUACUCAGACCUGCCAGCUCAUGACCUCCUUGGUGGUUAAACUUGGAGAAAGGCCACAGAAGACACUUGUAAGCACACACAACCCCUCUGAAUGAAUUGUUUUAUUUUCCUGUAAAGGCUUUGGCUUUUUAAAAUUGAAGUUUUAAACAGGGCUCUCAUUGGGUCAUCCUUUCAGUCCAUUCGGGUCUAGUUUGGAAGCUGACAACUGGAACAAAAAGAACCUUGAAUUCGGUGCAUACUUUGGUUUUGGUGCUGCUGCUUCUCCCGGUCCUCAGCAGGGAUUACGAAAGACCUCGGUGUGCACGGCAGAUCCCCGAAAUUCCUGGCAAAUCGCUGCGUUUUUCCACUUUUCUGUUCAGGACCACUAAAUGCUGAGAUGUGGAUGCAUACCGAAAUAAAAUCAAUUCAUUGUGUUCCAA